AACCCCUGAAAACAAAGGCAGCUAAUCAGAGCUUUGGCAUUUUUGAGGAAAAUGGCAUGGGAUUUAAUUUUCUGGGUUAUCUGUUUCUUCAUCAACAUUGCUCUUCUCGCUUCAUCCUUUUAUCAGUUGAUAUCUUUAUCAGAUCUUGAGGCUGAUCAUCUCAAUCCUUUCGAAGCAACGACUCGGAUUAAUUCCAUUGUUCUCCCGGAGUUCCUUGUGCAAGGAUUUCUCUGCCUUUCUUUCCUGCUUACCUGGCAUUGGUUCAUGUUUCUCUUCACUGUUCCCAUUACUGCUUAUCAUCUGAUGUUGUACUUGAACCAGAAGCAUCUUCUUGAUGUCACUGAGAUUUUCAGAGAUCUUAAUACCGAGAAGAAAUAUCGUUUUGUCAAGCUGGCCAUUUACUUAUUGCUCUUCACUGUAGUUUUGUUCAGGCUAGUGAUAUCUGCGUUCAACUCUUUACAUGACGAAGUCGAUGUUCAUACAUAUUGAUCCCCGGGUGGUACCGUAGGUGGUAUUUGUAAGCUUGUAAUCCGUAUCUUCUGAUCCAUGUUGAAAGUGAAACUUAGCUAACUGGAGUAGAUGUGUUAAAAGUUGAUAGUUUGAUUAGUGUUUACUGAGUGGUUGUAUACUUGGGCUGCCAUACCUUCAUUUGUUACGGCUUAUUGGUACACAGGGGAGGUUCUGUGGACAAUUGUUUCAAGUUUUGAAGAAUCAUGAAGUGAAAGGAGUGUUUUCUCCCCAAUUAAGUA